AUGGGGCACGGUAAUGGAACCUUGCAUUCCUCGAUGGCAUUUUCUGGCAUCCCUUUUAGUUUAAAAGGCCCAAGUAUUAAUGGUCUAAUAUUUAAUAUCAUAGGCUUUCAGCAAGAUUGCCAGACGAGAACGCUACCGCUGCACCACAAAGCACAGAGGUACCCCUGCAAGUGCGACACCCAGUGCCAACACUAUGGCGACUGUUGCCACGACACCAGGGAGACGGCGACACACUCCUUUCCUAAGAAGUGCCUUCCUCUCCACCCGCCAGGACCUUUUACAUCUCGAAGGAACGUGUUCAUGGUAAUAGAAUGCCCUGUGGAUGCAUCGGCACUCCUCUCUGCUAGAUGUUCCAAGAAGUCAGAGUAUACAUACCUCAUGGAUAUCCCCGUCAUAUCUGCAACUACGGAUAUUGUCUACGCCAACAUCUUCUGUGCUAGAUGUCACCGUGAUGUCGUCAUUGAGGAAUUCAAUUUCUCCAUUAUCUGCUUGCAGGAUAUUAUGAAUGACACAAGAGCGCUGGCCAACAUGACAUACAAGCCAGGCACUCUCUCUUGGACGACAGAUGAUGCCUUGAUUCACGGUCAGCGACAUAUUCACAGUUCUCAGUCGAGUCAUGUUGACAGUGGCAGGGUGAAUAGCCUUGAGGGCGAUGACCACAAGUGUAAUCUGAUACUGGAUUUUGGGGAGUCUGUAGGACGGUCUUGUGAGCACAACUUGGUGGAGGAGUGCAGUCCUGACUGGCCACAAGAUGACAUCAGAAGGAGGUGCUCUUCGUACAACUACUAUGUCUCUUACGAGGCUAAACCAUACAAGAAUUAUGACUGUGCUUUGUGUAAUCACGUGGCAGAGGAUAAGAUAGAGUGCUUGUCGAAAUUUCACCCAGUUGGCAGGAACCCUUUCCCGCCGCCACCGUCCCUGACUGACCUAUUUACAGUAGACGGGGACUGCCAGGAGGACCAAGUGUGGGACGCUCUUUAUCGUCGCUGUGAACACGUGUCCUGUGGCUACCUCUUCACCCUGCAGGAUGGGGAGUGUGUGAGCAACAACAGGACGGCUGGAAAAGAUGGUCGCUCCUACCUCAACUCCACAUGUUACACGACCGAAUUCAGGCGCAACUACAGCGCCAUGUUUCCAAACCUAAGCGUUUACCUGAACUAUACAGAAAAGCUUUACGAUUUCGGCGAAUACGAAUUCGUCAAUCAUUCCUGGAUCAGGGUGUGUCGCCCCGAGACCCUCUGGACUCCCGCCAUGAACAUCAUUUCCACGGUGCUUAUCAGUAUAUCCCUCGUCUGCAUGCUGCUUCACAUGCUCAUUUUCUUCGCGCUGCCUCGGAGGCAGAACAUCCCUAGCAUGAAUCUGUUCUCAAUGACGUGUUCUCUCUUCAUCGCGGAGCUCCUCUUUGUCACUCUCUUCCGCCUGAACAAGAACUACCCUGCCUGUGUUGCCAUCGCCUCCGUCAUGUACUAUUUCCUGUCAGCGUCGUUCCUCUGGAUGAACGUCAUGAGCAUCGACAUCUGCCGGACGUUCCACUCCAACAGGUACAAAAUCAAAUCUAAAAAGAUCUUCAUUCAGUACUCAAUCUACGCCUGGACGGUCCCGUUAUUAAGCACCGUCAUCGCCGUCUUCGUGGACCAGCUCUCCUCUGAGACCUUUGUACUGACACCGCAGUUCGGGACGCACAACUGCUGGUUCAACAACAAAUGGGGCCUUGUCAUGUUCUUCACCUUCCCGUCCGGCCUCGUCGUCCUCUUCAACAUGGUGCUCUACGGGAUCUCCGUCUACGACAUCUACAGGCAGCACACGUCGGGCGAGUUCGCCUCGUCGACCGUGAGGAAGAACGGACCAGCCGAGAAGAAGAAACGCGAGAGAGAGAGGGAGACUUUCCUGAAGAAGUCCGCCACGGACGGCACGGAGACCACUGCCCCGAAGGACAAGAGCAGCGACGAAAGCGACACGAGCCGGUACGCGGACCGCAUCAAGGAGCGGAUCCAGAGGAGAAUCCAGGCUCACAAGAAGCAGCGGAUCCGCCUGGUACUCUACUGCAAGCUGGCGCUCAUGAUGGGCAUGACGUGGAUCUUCGCCUUCGUCUCCAUCCACACGCAGUCGCUCGUCUUCGAGUACCUCUUCAUCAUCUUCAACGGGCUCCAGGGAACCUUCAUCUUCAUUGCCUUCGACUGCAAGCAGAAGCAAUGGGACGAACUCAAGCAAAGGUUCAAAGGAGAGACGGCCUUGCAGAGCGGAGCCAAGUCGUCCUCAAGUACGAAACAAACGUCAAUGACGAUCUCGUCAUCAGGAGGUCACUACAAGUACCGUUGGUCUUCCAAUCAACGACAACAGGACAGGGCUACUUGGUACUCAUCCAACGCACAAGAACAGGCAUAAUUCGACGAAAUCGAAUUAUUCGUGGUAUGACACGAAAGAACAAAUUACUCUAGUAACUGGAGAUAUACAUACUACCAAGUGAUUAGAUAACUUUAUUUUCUGGAGAUUAUAAAAAAUCUGAAGGGCUGAUAGUUAAGCCUGGUUAUCUGAAUAAGGAAUGCAAAUGGUUAACUACCGGUUAUCUAUUCCAAUACUCAGCUUCCAUCCUUGGCCAUGUAUUUGUCUGUAAUCUGAAUGAUGUCGAUUGUGUAUAUAGAAUAUAUAUAUAUAUAUAUAUAUAUAUAUAUAUAUAUAUAUAUAUAUGUAUAUAUAUAUAUAUAUAUAUAUAUAUAUCUUGUCUCUCUAUUCUUUAAGGACAACGCACACAUACAUGCACCUAGUAUAUAUAAGCAAGCACUGAACAUAUUAUCUGAGGCGUGUUCUGAACAUAGUCCGAAGAAACUUGAUAUAACCUCCGCAUUACAAACUACAACACAGAAAGCUUGUGAAUCAAUAGACUUAUGUAAGUCAUGGCGUGUCUACCUACUUUCUUGGUUAAAACAGUAAAUAUGCACAGUUGCUGAAUAUUAGAUAUAUCUAUACCUGCUAGUGUCGUUGCUAAAUGUUGCUCUUUCACAAAUAUUAUAAAUGCAAACAGAAGCUACAUAAUGCCAUCGUAGGAACAAGCCCCAUUGAUUAAAGCUUCGAAGAAAAUGCGAUGGUAUCAAGUGACCUUUUUUACCUUUGUUUACCUCUGUGCUAUUAUUAACCUCGGAAUGAACAACAGUUUUCAUUUAACGAAGAAAAUAUAUUGCUUCGUCCUUUCGAUGUAUAUAAAGGCUGUAGACUUUGUAUAUUAUACUUUGUGUAUCGUAUUUAUUGCUCUAUCUGCUUUUACAUAUUGUGUAUAUUGUGGUCAGAGUUGUGUUUUGUAAUACUGUGUUAUUGUGAUUAUAUUUUUGACGAUUUGGCAUACUUGGCAACUCACUCUCUCUCUCUCUAUCUCUCGCUCUCUCUCUCUCUCUCUCUCUCUCUCUCUCUCUCUCUCUCUCUCUCUCUCUCUCUCUCUCUCUCUCUCUCUCUCUCUCUCUCUCCCCCCCCCCUCUCCCUCUCCCUCUCCCUCUCCCUCUCCCUCCCUCCCUCUCUCAAUCUUGUCCCUUCCUUUGACAGCAACCAACACGCUCUACUAUAACGCGUUUUCGUGGCCUUAACGCCAGGACGAACGUGCAAUGAAACUGUUGUAUGUUCAUGAAGCGCUUGAAGGUAAUACACGUGUAAAAUUCUGUAUCAUGACAACGUCUAGAUUUUAUUUCUAGAUGGAAAAGGUGUAUAAUGAAAUAAAAGGUAAAGAUGA